AUGUUUCACCAGUCUUUUCUUAAAAUUGCUGUCCUGAUAUCUACCAUUUGUUUCAGCACACUCAUCGUCUCUUCCUUGAAAUGCACCGGUGGAUGGACACAAGGAAUAGAAGGUGAAAACAUAAGUUUCGCUACUUGCCAGGUUGGUAAAACUCAGGACACCGAAUACAAUUGCCUAGACAACACCUGUCGCAACGGUGUUGACAGAUACGUUCAAAUGCAUCAUUGUUUAUUGAACAAAUCCGUGAACCGUAAAGAAACCGAUCAGAAAUGUAAAAUGUAUAACUGGGACGCUACAAUCAACCAAUUCUCUUGCACCACUUUCCAAGAUCAAGUGUAUUCUUGCAAUAUGAAAUUCGACGAUCUCACUCCCAUAACUUGUCAGACUUGCUUCGCAUAG